AAAAGUCCGAUUUGUCGAACUCUCUCAGCUAAUUGAAUUUCCCUCCCUAUCUCUCUCUAUAUCAUCUCCGGGGAGGAAGAUCGUCUCUCCCGGCGGCGGCGACGGCGGCGGAGGCGGUGGUGGUGCUCGCUGUGGAGGGAAUACGCAACUUCAUUUUGCAUCUCAGAGAUUUACAGAUGCUUAAUUAUUAAUAGUUAUACUGUUCGUCGAUCGUUUUGUAUUUUGGUGUAUGCUUUUUUCCCUCCGUUUACUCUCUAAUCUAAUCUACGUCCUCGCUCAGUAUAUAUAAAUCGGUCUAUGGUGGGAUUGACAUUUUCAAGGAGCACCUCUAUCACAGGAUAACUUGGAAUUUGAAUAAUUUAAAAAAAAGGGGCCAUUUCGGUUUGGUAAUCUAUUGGUGUAUUGGAUAGUGUUAAGAUGGAGAGGGUCAAGACUAUUCUAACUCACCCAUACCCACACGAGCAUUCACGUCAUGCAGUUAUUGCUGUAGUUGUGGGUUGCUUGUUCUUCAUCUCAUCAGACAAUAUUCAUACCCUUGUACAGAAGCUAGACAGCAACAUCAAAUGGUGGUCAAUGUAUGGUUGCCUGCUCGGGUUCUUUUAUUUCUUUUCAUCGCCUUUUUUAGGCAAAACGAUCAAACCUAGUUAUUCAAAUUUUAGUCGGUGGUACAUUGGCUGGAUUUUAGUGGCAGCACUAUAUCAUCUUCCCAGUUUCCAAUCAAUGGGAGUGGAUUUGAGAAUGAAUCUCUCAUUGUUUUUGAACAUAUAUGUAACAUCAAUUCUGUUUCUUCUGGUUUUCCAUCUUGUAUUCUUGGGGCUCUGGUAUCUUGGUCUUGUUGCUCGUGUUGCUGGAAGCAGGCCAGAGGUCUUAACCAUAGUUCAAAACUGUGCAGUUCUGAGUAUGGCCUGCUGUAUAUUUUAUAGCCACUGUGGAAACCGUGCUCUUCUAAAGGAAAAACCACAUGGAAAGUCAUAUAACUGGUUUCCAUUUUGGAAGAAGCAAGAGCCAAAAGCAUGGAUUGCGAAAUUGCUUCGCAUAAAUGAAAUGAAAGAUGAGAUCUGCUCAUCAUGGUUUGCUCCUGUUGGAUCUGCCAGUGACUAUCCACUUUUAUCUAAAUGGGUCAUUUAUGGUGAGCUAGCUUGUAAUGGCUCAUGUGAUGGAUCCUCGGAGGGAAUUUCUCCCAUAUAUUCGUUAUGGGCCACCUUUAUAGGCCUCUAUAUUGCUAAUUAUGUAGUGGAGAGGUCAACAGGAUGGGCCUUGACUCACCCAGUACCAGAAAAAGAAUUUGAGAAGCUGAAGAAAAAGCAAAUGGGUCCUGAAUUUCUGGACAUGGUUCCUUGGUAUUCAGGGACAUCGGCUGAUCUAUUCAAGACAGUUUUUGACCUUCUGGUAUCAGUAACGGUAUUUGUUGGGCGCUUUGACAUGCGUAUGAUGCAAGCGGCAAUGAGUAGUGUUAAUGGAGGGGCAAAAGAAGACGAUCUUUUGUUUGACCAUUUCACUGAGAAAGACGAAUUUUGGUUUGAUUUUUUAGCGGAUACUGGCGAUGGUGGAAAUUCCUCCUAUACUGUGGCUCGUCUCGUUGCUCAACCAUGUCUUAGGGUUUGGAGUGAUAAUAAGAUGCUUACUCUUCCUCGUGCAAACCUUCUAUUGAUUGGAGGCGAUCUUGCAUAUCCUAAUCCAUCCUCAUUCACUUAUGAAAAGCGUUUCUUCCGUCCUUUCGAGUAUGCCCUUCAGCCACCACCAUGGUUCAAAAAAGACCAUGUAGCCAUAAACAAGCCAGAAUUGCCUUCUGAAUACCCAGACAUAAAGCUGUAUGAUGGACCUCAGUGCUUUCUAAUCCCAGGAAACCACGAUUGGUUUGACGGACUUCAGACCUUUAUGAGGUACAUUUGUCACAAGAGCUGGUUGGGUGGAUGGCUUAUGCCCCAGAAGAAGAGCUAUUUUGCAUUGCAACUUCCUAAAGGAUGGUGGAUUUUUGGCCUAGACCUUGCACUUCACAUGGAUAUUGAUGUAUACCAGUUCAAAUUUUUCUCAGAAUUGAUAAUGGAAAAGGUAGGAGAUGAUGACUCUGUCAUCAUUGUCACACAUGAACCAAUUUGGCUUCUUGAUUGGUACUGGAGUGAAACGUCUGCUAAGAAUGUGUUGCACCUGGUUCGUGACUGCUUGAAGGGAAGAUGUAAAAUCUGGAUUGCAGGGGAUUUGCAUAAUUAUUUGCGGCAUUCACAUGUACCAACAGAUACUAAGCCCACUUUCGUGCAACACCUAAUAGUGAAUGGUUGUGGGGGUGCAUUUUUGCACCCAACUCACGUCUUUAGUAAUUUCAAUGAAUUUGAUGGAGCCGCGUUCGAGACCAAGUCGGCUUACCCAUCAUUUGAAGAUUCAAGCAGGAUUGCUCUAGGUAACAUAUUGAAAUUCCGCAAGAAGAAUUGGCAGUUUGAUAUCAUUGGUGGCGUUAUAUAUUUUAUAUUGGCCUUUUCUAUGUUCCCUCAGUGUAAUCUAGACCACAUAUUGCAGAAAGACACUUUUUCUGAUCAGCUUGGGAGCUUUUUUACGACAGUUUGGGACACGUUUUUGUACCUUCUGGGUUACUCAUAUGUGUCCGCAGGAGGGGCUGCUAUGCUGUUAAUAAUUGCCAUUACAUUUGUUCCUCCAAAAGUUUCCCGGAAGAGACAGGCUUUAAUUGGUAUUCUUCAUGUUUCUGCGCACCUGUCUGCAGCGCUAAUUCUCAUGUUGUUGCUGGAACUAGGUAUUGAGACAUGUAUCCAACAUAAGCUGCUCGCCACAUCAGGUUAUCACACGUUGUACGAGUGGUAUCGAACCAUGGAGAACGAACAUUUCCCUGACCCAUCUGGACUUCGUGCGCGGAUAGAACAAUGGACAUAUGGGCUUUAUCCAGCCUGCAUUAAAUAUCUCAUGUCUGCAUUUGAUAUUCCCGAAGUGAUGGCUGUGACUAGGAAUAAUAUAUGCAAAAAUGGAAUGGAUUCCCUAUCGAGAGGUGGAGCGGUUAUAUACUAUGCCGCUGUUUUCCUUUAUUUCUGGGUCUUCACGACACCGGUUGUUUCUUUGGUGUUCGGAAGUUACCUGUACAUUUGUAUCAAUUGGCUAAACCUGCAUUUUGACGAAGCUUUCUCAUCGCUUCGGAUUGCUAAUUAUAAGGCUGUCACACGGUUCCACAUCAACAGCAUCGGAGAUCUUGAAGUUUUCACCCUUGCUGUCGAUAAGGUACCAAAAGAAUGGAAGUUGGAUUACAAAUGGGAUGGCGAGUCAAGGCAACCUAAUCAGCUAAGCCAUCAUAUAAAAUGGCCUAGUAAAUGGUGCGCGAUUUCUCCACAACUUGACCCGAUAAACACUGUUAAGAUUGUUGAUCAUUUUGUCGUACAAAGGACAUCAAGGCAAAAUGGCUUAGAAGAAAACGGUCAUUGAUCUGAUCUGAACUGUUGACCUAAUUUGUAGCAGAAAGGAAAAAUGGAAGUAAAUGUAGCAACUGACCAUGUCUCAGUCAGUGUUUAAGAUUAGAGAGACAAGUUAUUUUCUUUUGUAGAUUUAACAUUUUCAUAGGUAAUAGACAUGGCCAUCUUCAUGAAUUGAUAUACUAUUAUUAAUUAAUGUAUU